UCCUGCUAGUGAUUAUUGCGAAAAUUGAUAGUGUAAGACCUAACCGUGCGAAAGGUACUUGAUCGUUCGAUCUUUCCUANAGACGAAGUGUUAAGUAAGACAAACUACACGGCAAAUAUUGAAAAUGCACGUACUACGAUGGACACUGAAGCUUUUCAUCGCCAGCGGAUAUUUUUUACCGCCCACAUUGAAGUCUCCGACGAAACGCUUUCUCUAUAAUUUAUAUACGGUCUUCGUGACGUUGUACUUGUGGAGCUAUUGUCUCACGCUAAUCAUGGACAUUUGCUUCAACGCGAGAACGCGGGACGACUUGCGUGACAAUUUUAGCAUAUCUGUCACGAUACUUAUCACGGGUUACAAAUUUGUCAGCUUAGUCUUAGGGCGAAAAACUAUCAUAAAUAUGUUGGAUCUACUCAAGAAGAGGCCCUUUGUGCCAGAGAACAAUGGGGAAGGAGAAAUUCACGCGAGAUACAACAAUCUAAUCGAAAAAGUCGCGGUGGGUUAUACGAUCCAAGUCACAUUUUGUGUGUUUUCUUUAUUAGGAACGACGUUGAUGGGUGAUUUUAAAUCGAAAAAAUUAAUGUUCCGCGCUUGGUUUCCUUUCGACAUCACCUCCUCGUGGUUUGCGUUUUCUAUGACGUUCAUCUAUCAGUUAGUGGGUUUAGUGAUCAUAUCCAAUGGUGUCUGUAUUUUCGACACGUUAUUCGCAGGCCUGUUGCUUCACAUCUGUUGUCAACUUGAGAUGCUGGUUUACCGCUUGCACAAUAUCGAAGGAAAUGAACUUCAAUCGUUAAAACACUGCGUUUGGCACCAUAAUAAAAUAUUCAGGUUCGCCGAUAUAGUAAACGAUUUUUUUAACAAAUUAAUGUUCGUGCAAUUUGUGGAAAGCGCAAUCUCGAUCUGCUUUACCCUUUACCUACUAACAGACAUAGAAGACACUGCGCAAUUAAUAGGAUGGUCCUCGUUCAUGUUUGCCGCCAUAUUUCAAACUUUUUACUUUUGUUGGUUCGGAGAUGUAGCAAAAGUAAAGAGCCUCGAUAUUUCUAAUAUGGUAUAUAACAGCGAUUGGCCAAAUUUGAGCAACGACGCUAGGAAGAUGUUGGUGGUAAUCAUGGCACGUUCAUUGACGCCUGUUGAGAUUACAAGCGCCUAUAUUCUACCCAUGAAUUUGGAAUCUUUCAAAGGUUUGAUGAAAGUUGCUUACUCGGCGUAUAACAUGCUGCUACAGAGUAAGUCAUCGGAGUAGAACACAUGCGGAGAAUAAGUUGUAUUAGUUCCUUCGUCACACAAUGGAAGAAUUAGGAUAGAGACAAUAGAAAACGAAUUAUUGAAACAGCGCAAUAUAUUAUGUAUCAUACAAACACAAUAAAUUUCAAACACUCCAGUGAGGUCUAGAUAGUGCUUCCAACGGAAGGACGAUGAUUAUGCAAGGUUUUCUUCGUUAUAAUAUUCCUCCAUGGACUAUAUUUUCACAGCGCACGAUUAUUUUCGCCACGAAUUGCUACUUAUCAAUUUGUUACAGAAACCUGGCGAUCUACUGCGAAAUCCUGAACGAAUCGGCUGCGUUUUUGCCAUCGUAGGUCUAUAUAAUAAUCUGAUAACUAUGAAGGAAUUGCCAGUGUUUGACUGGAUACCACACCAUUUACUCUCCCACAAUCUGUACACGAUUCUCUGGUGUAUCAAACAGUUGGUAUGUUGAUAUGUUCAAACAAAUGACUAGGAAAUGAUUUUAUUAUAUUUUGCCAUUCUUGCGACACUAUGCAAUAAUAUUUGAAAUGGAUGGUUAUUUUUAGAUCUUAAAAAGAAAUGAAAAAUGAUACUACUGAAAAAAUACAAUAAAAAGAAAUGCACUAUAUUUGAGUACUAUAUUUGAUGUACCUGAAUUUGUCAGAGAGUAAACGCGAUUUUAUUUCCAUUAAAAAGAAAUAUCUUCAUAGAAAUAGUUUCGCAAUUACCGUUGUAAUCAUCUCUCUGUCGAAUGUUCUGUUUGUUCGGUUGCUAAAGCCUUCCUGUUCUGCGUAUGAUUUUUUUCAACAAAGCAAAUCAAAGAACCAUCUUUGAUGAACCAUCUUUAAACUCACAUGAAAUUUAGUAAACAUGUUCUACU